CAGGGUGCCCCAGGGCCUCUCCAUGUGCGCACUGGCCCCGUGUGUGCCCCUGCCAGGGGGGCGCGGGGCUCACGGACCCUCUGUCCCACAGGCGGUGCCCAGGAUGGGCUGCGUGCCCUGCAAAGAGAGGGGGGCUGGCAAGGGGCAGGCGGGGGGCGAGGGGGGCUCCCUGCAGCCCCCUGCCUCCCAGUACGACCCCGACCCCACGCAGCCGGGGGCCAUCUUCACCCGCAUCCCCGACUUCAACAACUUCCAGGGGCCGGCGCUGCCCUCGGGCCCGGCCUUUGCGGAGCCCGGGGCCUUCCCCUGCGGCGGGCUGCCGGCGCGGAGCGGGGCGCUCUCAGGCGGCGGGGUGACACUCUUCAUCGCCCUGUACGACUACGAGGCCAGGACGGAGGAUGACUUGACAUUCCAGAAAGGGGAGAAAUUCCACAUCAUCAACAACACGGAGGGGGACUGGUGGGAGGCCAGGUCGCUGAGCUCGGGAGCCACGGGCUACAUCCCCAGCAACUACGUGGCCCCUGUGGACUCCAUCCAGGCGGAAGAGUGGUACUUUGGGAAGAUCGGGCGCAAGGACGCGGAGCGGCAGCUCCUGUGCCACGGCAACUCCAGGGGCACCUUCCUCAUCCGGGAGAGCGAGACCACCAAAGGUGCCUACUCCCUCUCCAUCCGGGACUGGGAUGAGGCCAAGGGAGACCACGUCAAGCACUAUAAGAUUCGGAAGCUGGACAGUGGGGGGUACUACAUCACCACCCGUGCCCAGUUCAGCACCGUCCAGCAGCUGGUCCAGCACUAUAUAGAGCGGGCGGCUGGGCUGUGCUGCCGCCUGGCUGUGCCGUGCCACAAGGGAACCCCCAAACUGGCCGACCUCUCAGUCAAAACCAAAGACGUGUGGGAGAUCCCCCGCGAGUCCCUCCAGCUCCUCAAGAAGCUGGGGAAUGGGCAGUUCGGGGAAGUCUGGAUGGGGACGUGGAAUGGCACCACCAAGGUGGCAGUGAAGACGCUGAAGCCAGGGACCAUGUCCCCCGAGGCCUUCCUGGAGGAGGCCCAGAUCAUGAAGCGGCUGCGGCACGACAAGCUGGUGCAGCUCUACGCCGUGGUGUCGGAGGAGCCCAUCUACAUCGUCACCGAGUUCAUGAGCCAGGGCAGCCUGCUGGAUUUCCUCAAGGACGGGGACGGGCGCUACCUGAAGCUGCCCCAGCUGGUGGACAUGGCUGCCCAGAUUGCGGCGGGCAUGGCGUACAUCGAGCGCAUGAACUACAUCCACCGGGACCUGCGUGCUGCCAACAUCCUGGUGGGAGACAACCUCGUCUGCAAGAUCGCUGACUUCGGCCUCGCGCGCCUCAUCGAGGACGAUGAGUACACGGCUCGGCAGGGUGCCAAGUUCCCCAUCAAGUGGACGGCUCCGGAGGCUGCGCUUUUUGGGAGGUUCACCAUCAAGUCGGAUGUCUGGUCCUUUGGCAUCCUCCUGACGGAGCUGGUGACCAAAGGCCGCGUGCCCUACCCAGGGAUGAACAACCGCGAGGUGCUGGAGCAGGUGGAGCGGGGGUACCGCAUGCAGUGCCCGGGGAGCUGCCCCCCUUCCCUGCACGAGCUGAUGGUGCAGUGCUGGCGCAGGGAGCCCGAGGAGCGCCCCACCUUCGAGUACCUCCAGUCCUUCCUCGAGGACUAUUUCACAGCCACCGAGCCCCAGUACCAGCCCGGGGACAACCAGUGACCCGCUGCUGGCGCUGCCGGGAGCCUCCGGGGUGGCUUUGGGGGAAUCUUUAUUUCUUUAGAGGCGGUUGCUUCCUUUGUCUGUGCUCAGGGCGGGCACAGGGCUUUGCACAAGGAUGCUGGACUCAGAGAGAAGACAAACCUGUGUGCCCCAGCCGCCCUACCCCAGUCCCUUUACUGCCUUCACACCCAGCUUGGAACCUGAGGAGGGCUUUGGCUGCAGGGGGGACUGCGGGGAGCCCUGUGAACCCCCCGGACACCCCCAGACCCACAGAGGGCAAGGGGGGAGCUCCCCCUGCCGCCCCAAUCUCUUCUGGGAGCACAGCUGGGGGGGUUCAGACCCCCAAGUCCCGGCACCGACCUGUGGGAGGUCAUCUCAGCCCUCCCUCCCCGGUGUCUCCUUUAAUUUAUGAGAUUUUAUACGCCUCCCCCAAGCAGCCAUCGACCCCCCCAAGGGCUCCCAGUGCUCGGGGGACCCCCUUGUCCCCCCCCUUUUCUCUCUGCUUUGUGGUAGAGCCACGUCCUGAAAGCCAAACGCCCACCGUGCCUGCCCUGGGGCCGGGGGGACACGGGGAGUGCUGGGGGCCCAGCAGGCGGGGGGCAGCUCUGCUCCUCCUGCCCCGUGGGGCAGACGAGGGUACGGCCUGGGGCAGCCCCAGCUCGGCUCUGCCCUCUGCAGCAGGAACCGCGGGGUCCGGGGGGUGUCGGUGUGAAUGCAGGGUGCCCCCCUGCCCGCUGCCCCUCCACGCACCCCCGUUUGGAGUCCUGUGCCCCAUGGCCAGUAACGCCCCCCGCCCCCAGGGCAGGGCUGUGGGUGGGCAGUGCCAUGGGGAGAGGGAAGGGCAGGGAUCUGUUGUUUAUUUUUUUUA